AUGUGAAUAUGGUAAUACUGUUAGCCUUGAUCGAGCCGAGUGUCUUUUGGUUCUCUUGGUGCUUGUUCUUCAUUUAUAAUUAUUAAAUAAAUUUAAAUUCGUUAUUAUGGCGGUUCCUUCUGUAGUGCAAACCGAAGCUAUUUCUCUGGUUUAUCAAUUUAUAUUGAAUGUAGACAAAUCGCUGGCACAUGAAUUUCUAAAGAAGACUAAAGCGAAACCUCGUGCAAAAAACCUACCUACACUGACAGAUAUAAUUUCUCAAUACAAGAAACAACAAAGCAAGCCUGCUGAAAGUUCUGAUGACUCAAGUGAUGAAGAAGAACAAUCUAAAAAAAUACUUCCACAAGUUAAUGGCAAAAGUCCCUCUGCAAAGAAAUAUCAAGAUGACUCUGAUUCAUCAGCUGAUGAAAAACUAAAAACACAGGUAAAACAAACAAAAGCAUCAUCAAUUCCAGCCAAGAAACAAGAGUCAUCAGAUGAUAGUGAAAGCAGUGAAGAUGAUGCUACUGCAAAACCAAAAAAACAGCCAAUAAAAUCACAACUAACAAAUACAUCAACGAAAAUAAAACCUAAAGAAGAAUCGUCUGAUGACAGUGACAGUAGUGAUGAAGAAUCUAAACCUAACCCAAAACAAACACCAGCCAAACCUACUGCAAAACCAGCACCUGUAAAGAAACCAGAAUCUUCCUCAGAUGACACUGACAGUAGUGAUGAUGUUAAAACUAAGGCAAAAGCUACUCCUGCUAAACCACAAACCAAACCACUGCCAGCCAAGAAAGAAGAAUCAUCUGAUGAUAGUAGUGAGGAUGAGAAGUCCAAAAAUCAACAGAAUGCUGUUACGAAACCAGUUGCUAAAGUGCCAGCAAAGAAACAAGAAUCCUCUUCAGACAGUGAUGAUAGUGAAGAUGAAACACCUAAAGUACCAGUAAAAACACCUGCUAAACCUAUUCCAAAAAAGGUAACACCAGCUAAAAAACAAGAUUCUUCUGAUGACAGUGAUGAUAGUGAUGACUCUGAUAAGCCUGCAAUUACUAAAAAAGCAGUGACUAAUCAAACAAAAGCGCCACCAAAAACCCCUGUUAAAUUAACAGUAACAAAGAAACCUGCUUCUUCAUCAGAUAGCGAUAGUAGUGAAGAGGAAGCAAAGCCUAAACUCCCAACGAAAUUACCAACAAAAGUAACACCAGCUAAAAAACCUGAAUCAUCAUCAGACAGUGAUGAUAGUAGUGAUGAUGAUAAUAAAGGUAAGGUAGCUUCACCUGUUAAAACAGCAACUGUUAAACCACAAAUGAAGACCGCUAUUCAAGUUAAGCAAAAAGAAUCUUCAGAUGAAAGUGAUGAUAGCAGUGAUGAUGAAACAGCCAAAAAACCCGUUCCAAAACCUCAGGCUACUCCUGCUAAAUUAGCAACAAAAGCUCCUGUAAAAAAGGAUUCAUCAAGUAGUGAAGAUAGUAGUAGUGAAGAUGAGAAAACAAAACUCACACAAAAAGCUCCGGUCAAACCUCAAAUAAAGCCAAUAGCUAAAAAGGAAUCUUCUUCAGAGGAUAGUGAUGAUGAUAGCAGUGAAGAUAAUAAACCUAAAUCAGUUCAAAAAGUAAAUCCUACCAAGGCAGCUAAACCCACACCAAAUAAGAAGAAAGAAUCAUCAGAUGAUGACAGUAGUGAUGAAGAUGAACCAAAACAAAAUGCGCCUGUUAAUAAAAAACAAAUUGAAAAGAAGGAUUCAUCAGAAGAAUCAGACAGUGAUGAUAAUGAUGGCCCACCUUUGAAAAAAACGAAAAAAGGUUCAAAUGAAAAUGCUGGAAAUCAGAAUGGUGUCCAAACUGGAAAGAAAAGGAAAAUAUCAGAUGGAGAUCAUGGUCCCGCUAAAAAGCCAUACAAGAACUUUGUAAAGGGAACAGUUAAUGCUUCAACACCUAUUCAGAACCAGAAUGAAGUAAAUAAUAAGCCAAUCCCAUUUAGACGUGUGGUGGAUGCAAAAAUAGAAGUGGAUCCUAGACUUAAAGAUAAUUCUUUUGAGGCUAAGAGUGGAGCUCGUGGUUCAUGGGGUGAGCGUGCCAAUCAAGAUUUGAAACACACUCGGGGCAAGUCAUUCAAACAUGAAAAGACGAAGAAGAAGCGGGGCUCAUAUCGUGGUGGUGCCAUCGAUACUGGCGUCCAUUCCAUUAAAUUUGAGGAUUAAUAAUAAAAAUGAAGUUGCGAUAUAAUAUUAUUUUUGUAUUUAAGCGUCACUUUAAUUCAAACUUCAUUUUCAUUCUGCAUCUGUUAGAUUCAAAAUUGCCAGUGGUGGUAAGUACCAGAGUCAGCAUUUACAGUUAAUUUCUGUUGCAGAUUGUACUAAAUGUACUGAACUACAAUGGAUCUAUCUGUUUGAGGAUAUAUAAUGUUUAGAAUAUAUAAUUUUUUUUUGUAUGUUUGGUCUUAUGCUGUAUGUAUAUUAUGUAUUUAGUAUAGUAUACAUUAAAGAUAAUAUUCAUAAUAUUUUUUUCACGCAGUAUACUUUUAUAUCAUAGGAGACUGAAAUUAAUGGUAUUUAUCUAAGAUUUAAUGAUCUUAGAUAAAUAGUCUAAUAUUGUAUUUUUUUUUUUUUUUUUAGAGAUUUUCAAUUGGUUUUAUAUUUGUUUUUAUUUGCCCAACCAGCUGUAGCCUACUUAUAAAGUUUCCUAGUUUUUAACUGAAUGUUAAAUAAUAAUUUUGUCUAGAGUAUGCGCUAGAACAUAUACCUUUUAACAAUAAAAGAACAGCCUUUUAGUAUAAUAAAAAUAACAUACACACAAAAAUGUGACGGUCGAGGUAGACUUUUUUUGUAGAACGGAAACUAAAAAUUUUUAGGUUUUAUUAUGAUUUUCUCUCAUAUAUCGCGCUGAAAAUUAUAUUUAUAAAUUUAUAAAAUAUGAUUGACACGAAAAUAUGAACAGAACUUUUGUGAAUAGACGACAAGUUACAUGAAGAAAGUAGAUAUUUUGAAAGCAGAUUCUUUUCAAACAAUACUAAAAAAAAGAUCGCUUGAAACCAAUCUCUUUAUCCUCGAAUGCUUUUAUUUUUUUAGCUCAAAAAGAAUUUCUUAUCUGUAUUUUUUAAAUGAUUCUGACAAUAUUUUUGCAAUCUCUAAGAUUUACUCCCGUAUUGGUUGCGUAACAAAUUUUUCAACUUUUAAUUAACGAAUAGCGUCUUUAAUUUUUUUUUUUUUAAUUAUUGCUUUUUGUAUAAAAGUUAAUUGUGAGAUGCACCGAUGACAUAGUCGGUACCUUAAUAUAUAAAAAUUCCUUGUUCACGUUCGUUCACGUAUCUAAUCUCCGAAACCGCUCUACCGAUUUUUUAAUUAAAUUUUGCAAAUUUUAUUUUUUUUUUUUUAUUUGAGAAAUAGGAUAGUUUUUAUCCCGAUACCUAUUGUGGGUACAAUCAUCAUAACCUUUUGGAGAUGUGAGGGUGAGCCUUUGAGGGGUUUUGCUAGUAGUCGCCACAUUUGAACUGCGGGUUGACAACCGCAGUUAGGCUUUGUUGACGUUUUAUGAGAGACGCUGGUACAUAUUCCUCGACUAUUAAAUUCCCUUAGUCAUCUAAAGAGAUGGCAAAAGUGCCACCCACGAAAACAGAAGGGAUGGCCCAUUCUAUGCCGGAACCACAUGGCUAAAACAAUGUUUACUAUUUAAUAAUUUCGGAUUCUUUAUUAUGCAGUGUGUGUUGGGAUUAAAAUUUGUAGAUUGUAUCACACAGUACUAGAAAGAAUGUAAAUAUAAUAUAUAAGCUUCUGUAAAUAUACUUACUUGAUGUAUUUAGAUUCUAAAAACUAUCUUACGAAACUCGAUUCUUAAUUCUCGAGUGCUUAAUGUUCUUUUUUACAUUUGGCUCUAUCUUUACAUU